CAUGGACAACCCACCUUACUACCGUAUCACCUCUAGUUACAAAAUCCCCUCCAUCACCUCAGGUACCACUUCCAGCAGCAAUACCAUGGUAGCGGGACACGAUGGUCAUCAGGACACUAAGUCAGCAAAGGACUCUGCUAUUGAUGAUAAUUACGGACAUCUCGAUAUCUAUGGUGGGCUAAAUAGCAACCUGAACCGGCAACAUCACCGGCUAGAAUCUCGUUACAGCAGCAGUUCUGGCGGAUCCUAUGAAGAGGAGAAGAGUGAUUCUAUGCCAAUUUAUGCAAACUGGAGGCUGAAAGUGAUGGAACUCAACAAAGCAGAACCAUUGCCAUUUCCUCCCAAUGGUGGAAGCUGGUCACCACUGGCUGAUUACUUGCCUGAGACUGGUACACCAGGGAUACCCCUGCAGAGGUGUAACAUCGCAGUCAUCCUUCUUACAGAUCUAAUAGUUGAUCACAGCGUAAAGGUAGAAUGGGGGAACUACACGCAUCUUUUGCUUCAUGCAAUAUUUAUAGGAUUUGAUCACCAGCAUCCUGAAGUGUAUGAACAUUGUAAGCGACUACUGUUGCAUUUGCUUAUAGUAAUGGCCUAUAACAGUAAUGUUCAGGCUAUGGCCUCCAUUCUCCUCAGGAACAAGGAGUCUACUGAGCCUAAGGUGCUUACUGUCAAACCAGCCACUCAUGUGGAGUAUAGUUUUACAGCAGGGGGCAGUGAAUUUGUGCCAGAUUACCAGCCAUCGCCAAUGACUGACUCAGGACUCAGCUCAAGCUCUACCUCUUCUAGCAUCAGCUUAGGAACUACCAGUGCUGCCAUUCCCCAGCUCACUCCCACAAUUUUAAGUGAGGUGGAUAUUAAUGCAGAUCAGGAUGAGAAGGUGAAAACACUCAUUGAAUUUAUAACCACAAGAAAACGAGGGCCACUAUGGAACCAUGAAGAUGUCUCUCCUAAGAAUCCAAACAUUAAAACUGCUGAACAGUUAACUGUGUUUUUAAAACAUGUAAUAUCCAUAUUCAAGCAACCGAGAUCAGGUUUUCAGCUGGAGCAGCUUCUCAGUGAAGUGGCCUUGCAGACAGCACUUUCAUGUUCUAAUAGACAUUACGCUGGCAGAUCAUUCCAGAUCUUCAGAGCACUAAAACAGCCACUGACUGUAACUACAUUGUCUGAUGUAUUGUCAAGACUUGUUGAAACAGUUGGAGAUGCAGGGGAAGAGGCUCAGGGUUUUGUUAUUGAACUGCUGCUCACGCUUGAGUCUGCCAUUGACACAUUAGCAGACACAAUAAAACAGUGUGAUCUGCUUUCCGCACUUUCUCAAACACAUUUAACUGAUUCCUUAAUGGGCACUAAGUUGGCAGCUAACAGGAAAAGCACUGGACAACUAAACUUAAGCACAAGCCCACUCAGUACCAGUAGUUUCCUAACUCAUCAUAGUUGUCACGCGAGAAGUAACUCUUUACGAGCCAGUCUACUGGGAGACAGACGGUGUGACAGACGUCGAAGUAAUACACUGGAUAUUUUGGAUGGGAGGAUGAACUAUGGUAACCUAGCAAGGACUCGAAGCCUGUCCUCUCUUAGAGAGGGUGAAAUGCCUGACCAGCAGCCAACUACUGAUCCAAGUAGCCUGAUGGCUACCAUUUUCUGGAUAGCUACAGCCCUACUAGAGUCAGACUAUGAAUAUGAAUACCUUUUGGCACUAAAACUGCUCAACAAACUGCUCACACAGUUGCCUCUGGAUAAAGCGGAGAGUCGGGAGAAGAUUGAAAAAGUGCAAAGCAAACUGAAGUGGAACAGUUUUCCUGGCCUCCAGCAGUUAUUCCUCAAGGGCUUUACCUCAUCUUCCACUCAGGAUAUGACUGUUCAUCUCCUGAGCAAACUAAUUUCCAUCUCUCGACACACUCUGGUGGAUCCAGCUCAGGUGGCAGGUGAUUUUGGUGAGUCAGAACUCAGAGUCCAGAAGUAAAUAUAAAAAGCUCAUCAAAAGACUCGGC